AUGAAACCGCCGCGGCUCCGGGAUCCUAGGGAAGGAUUCGUGCGAGCGGGGCAGAAACACGUCCCGGGCAGGGCCGGGGGGCCCGUCUGCCCUGCUGAGGUGGAAGAAACACUGAAGAGAAUUCAGAGCCAAAAAGGAGUGCAAGGAAUCAUAGUUGUGAAUUCUGAAGGUAUUCCCAUCAAAAGCACCAUGGACAACUCCACAACGAUCCAGUAUGCUGGGCUGAUGCACAGCUUCAUCAUGAAGGCCAGGAGCACCGUGCGGGACAUCGACCCCCAGAACGACCUCACCUUCCUGCGGAUCCGCUCCAAGAAGAAUGAAAUCAUGGUGGCACCAGAUAAAGACUACUUCCUGAUUGUCAUCCAGAAUCCAACUGAAUGAUCACACUGACUUGGUCAGGUGUUUUUUUUUUUUCCCUUUGCUGAACUGUUCUUUUAAUUUAAUGGUAAAGAAUAGAGCAUUAGUGUUCACUCUGCUGUGCCACUUCAAUAAUGUCUGGAAAAACAAAAGCAGGUG